AUGAAGGCCACUGAAAUCUAUGAGAUCUUUAUUAUUUUACAGCUCAGCAUUGGAGUUUCGGGGAAUGCGUUCCUCCUGCUGCUUUCUAUCCGCACAGUCUCCACCAGCCACAAGCCCAACUCUUCCGAUCUAAUCUUUGCUCACCUGGCUUUGGCAAACAUUCUCAUCCUCCUCACCAGGGGCAUCCCGGGCGUCUUGUCUAUCUGGGGCCUGAGGAAUGUCCUGGAUGACAUUGGGUGUAAACUCCUUAUUUAUAUCUACCGAGUGGCUCGGAGCCUUGUUAUCUGCACCACCUGCCUCCUGAAUGUCUUCCAGGCCGUCACCAUCAGCCCCAGUACCUCCCGGUGGGCAGGAAUCAAAGCCAAAUUACCCAAGUGCAUCAUCCCCUGUUUCCUCUUCUUCUGGGUCCUCAGUCUUCUGAUUGAUGUUUCUGCUCCAGUAUAUAUUUUAGGUCCCCAGAAUAGCACCAACGAUCAAUACAUAUUUGUGCUGAAACACUGUUCCUUAGCCAAUAUCAGUACAGAAGAGUUAAUAAUAAAUUCUUGUGUGAAUUCCUUCAGGGACUUUCUCUUCAUGGGGCUCAUGAGCGUGGCCAGUGGCUACAUGGUGUUUGUCCUGCACAGGCACCGCCGGCAGGUCCGACAUCUCCACGGGCCCGGUGGCUCCCCCGGGGCGAUACCCGCGGUCCGGGCGGUCAAAUGUGUCGUCGCCCUGUUGGCUCUGUACCUUCUAUUUUACAGCCUAGAGAUAAUCAUGCUGAAUAUUUUCAUGAACAUGAGAAACAGAUCUCCACAGAUGAGAACCAACAUAGAUUUGUCAAUCACCUUCUCUGUGUUCACUCCAUUCCUAGUGAUUCACAGCAACCGGAGGAUAAGAACUUGUGGGAAAAGGAAAUCCCACCCCUAA